UUGGGUUGUACAAAGUUAAGUAAUUACGUAUUCUAAACUAGUUUGUGCACUCAAAAUGCGCAGUAUCAAUAAAGCUAUACAAAACUUUGCGCAUGCGUACCGUGCUGUUGGUGGCGUGAGCCUAACGUUGUGGAGUUGGGUCUGCUGUGAAUGUUGGGUAACUGCUAAGGUUUGGGUGCGUCUGUGUGUUUGAGUCCAUCACCCUGCAAAGAUGGAUUUCCAGCAUCGAGCUGGCGGGAAGACGGGGAGUGGAGGGGUGGCAUCUGCCUCCGAGAGUAAUCGUGACCGGCGUGAACGGUUACGUCAGCUGGCCCUGGAGACCAUUGACAUCAACAAAGAUCCCUACUUCAUGAAGAAUCAUUUAGGCUCAUACGAGUGCAAACUUUGCUUAACACUUCAUAACAAUGAGGGCAGCUAUUUAGCUCACACACAAGGAAAGAAACAUCAGACCAAUUUAGCACGGAGAGCAGCCAAAGAAGCAAAAGAAGCUCCUGCCCAGCCAGCUCCAGAGAAAGUGAAGGUUGAAGUCAAGAAGUUUGUCAAGAUUGGUCGACCAGGAUACAAAGUAACCAAACAGAGGGACCCAGAGAGCGGGCAGCAGUCUCUGCUUUUCCAAAUCGACUACCCAGAGAUUGCUGAAGGAAUUGGACCGCGGCAUCGCUUCAUGUCUGCCUACGAGCAGCGCAUCGAGCCCCCUGAUCGUCGCUGGCAGUACCUGCUUCUGGCCGCAGAGCCAUACGAGACCAUUGCCUUCAAGGUCCCCAGCAGAGAAAUUGAUAAAGCAGAAAACCGCUUCUGGACCCACUGGAACAAAGAAACUAAACAGUUCUUCCUACAGUUCCACUUCAAAAUGGAAAAAGCCAUUCCCCAGUCCAGUGGACCACCACCUCCAGCAGGAGUGAAGCGCCCGCCUCCUCUCAUGACUGGGCUCGGACCUCGCCCACCCAAUGAGCCCAUGCCGCCUCCCCCGCCAGGAGGGAUGCCCAUUCCCCCUCUACCACCUGGUGCCCCAGGUGCCCCGCCACAAAUUCCCCCUCAGAUGCCCAUGCCCCCGAUGCCAAUGAGGCCGCCGCCUCCAGAGGGCCUCACAAUAUCUAACAACUGAUCCACUGUUGACGUACUGUGAUCGUUGUCCCCUGUCGUUUGCUAUCACGCUGCUCUGCCUGUUGAGUCUACUGUCUGCUUUUAGAAAUGGAGGGUAUAUCUAUCAUUUCUGUUUCUGCAAAUGAUGUGCAAGGUUCACAUUCAGUACAUUUUGAUACUUUGAUAUUUUGUUUGUUUUGUUUCAAGGAAGUGUUGUAGCUCAGUCUCCAGAGCACCUGUGAUAGUAACAGUAUAAAUAUGACUCGGUUUUGUAUAAAUUUUUAGCCUUUGGACAUUGAGAUUUAGUUGACAUUUGCCAACUAAUAGCUCAUUGUGUAUGAUUUUUGUCAUUUGGUAAUUAAAUAACAUGGAGAAAAA